AUGAAGACCCUCUUGUUGUUUUCCCUCCUCGGGCUGGCUGCCGCCGCUCCCACCAGCGACGACGACAAGAUUGUCGGGGGGUAUGAAUGUCCGAAACACUCCACGCCUUGGAUCGUCUCGCUCAACGUCGGCUACCACACGUGUGGCGGGUCGCUCAUCAACGAGAAUUGGGUGGUGUCCGCUGCCCACUGCUACCGGAGCCAUUUCCAGGUGCGUUUGGGUGAACACGACAUCCUGGUCACGGAAGGUACGGAGCAGUUCAUUGAGUCGGAGAUGGUGAUCCGCCACCCCAGGUACAACUACUACACCCUGGACAACGACAUCAUGCUGAUCAAACUGUCACGGCCCGCCGCUCUCAACCGCAACGUGGUCUCCAUCCCACUCCCAACGCACUGCGCAAGCGCAGGCGAUGAGUGUCUCAUCUCCGGCUGGGGCGACACCAGAGACGCCGGGGCUGAUUACGGUGACCAGUUACAGUGUCUGAGAGCCCCCGUCCUCAGCGAGACGGACUGCAAGAAUUCGUACCCGGGGAUGAUCACCAACAGCAUGAUAUGUGUCGGAUUCCUGGAGGGAGGCAAGGAUUCCUGCCAGGGUGACUCCGGCGGACCAGUGGUGUGUGACGGGGUGCUACAAGGUAUAGUCUCCUGGGGCUUCGGAUGCGCUGAGAGGGAUAACCCCGGUGUCUACACUCGCGUCUGCAACUUCGUCUCCUGGAUACAGAAGACGAUGGUAGCGAAUUAA